UGUGUGAGUUUGUGAAAUUGUGUGCGUUUGUGUUGAGGUUUGCGGAGUCUGGAGCUUCGACGUCGGCCAUGGCCACUCUCGCCUUCUCCACCACCACCACUACAACCAGCAACACGGCGUUCUCGUUGCAGAAACCCCCUCCCAGCAGCAGUAGCAGCAGUAGCCAUGCAUUGGGCAGCUCGUUUCUCAGGGGAACUGUGUCGCUGCGCGUUGCUUCAGGUCGCGUGAGCGUGGUGAAAUCUUCCAGGAGCGGGCUGGCGAUUGUGGCGAACGGCAGGAAAGCGGCGAAGGUUGAGCGAGAUGAGAGUGAGGUGGACCAACGGUUUCGGUUGAACAAUUUGUCGCCGCAGCCUGGGUCUCGGCACCGGCAGAAGAGGAAAGGGCGUGGUAUCGCCGCAGGGCAGGGCGCUAGUUGUGGGUUCGGUAUGCGUGGGCAGAAGUCGAGGUCCGGGUCUGGAGUGCGGCCCGGAUUCGAAGGAGGUCAGAUGCCUUUGUACCGGAGGUUGCCGAAGUUGAGGGGAAUCGCUGGUGGCAUGGGCGCCGGUUUGCCGAAUUACGUAGCUGUGAAUUUGACCGACAUUGCUACUACAUUUCAAGAGGGCGAGGAGGUGUCCCUCGAAGCUCUGAAGGAGAGGCGCGUCUUGAACCCCUCGGGCCGGGACCGGAAGCUGCCGCUGAAGAUUCUUGGCGAUGGGGAGCUUGACUUUAAGGUAAAGAUCAAGGCCGGGGCCGUUUCCGCUGCCGCGAGGGAGAAAUUGGAGACCCUUGGAUGCGAAUUCGAAAUUUUGCCGAAGAAGAAGAAAUGGGUCUCUGUUCAGUAUUCGAAGAACCAAGCUCGUGCCGAAGCUUACUUUGCUAAGAAGAGGGGCGAGAGUGCUUAGAUAAUACCAGGUCGAUGUUCCUCUUUUACACUCUUUUUAUGUCCAAUUUUCUCCUAGUUUAGAUUUUGUAUCCAAUGUAGGAAAGAAAAUGCAUGCAGGUUUCAUUUGAGACUAGGUUUUUUUCCGCACAAUGUGAUCUAGAUUACUCUAUCUGGUCACAUUGAAAUUUAAAGGUGCACUGAGCGAGUUAAGCUGUUUCUCGUAAGCUUGUGACAGGAAGCUGCGUUGCUGUCUAUUCGUCAGUGACGGUGGUUUGAUGAUGUCUAUUCGGUGAAAUUGAGCUUAAUUUGUCGAAAAACCUUGGUUUUGAUGGACAGUGUCGCGACUGUGAUUUCAUUAAUAACUAAUAUCUGACAGGCUUGCAUGUUCAGAUUUAAAGCAGUCACAUGAAUACGUGUUUUGUGGCAUUUAGUUAGUUUAAAAAUGCGAUUCCUCGGAAUUCAUCUCUGUUUUCGAGUUU